GGUGCAGCUGCCGGAUCCUUGGGCGUCCGCAUCCCUUACCGCCGCCCCGCGCUCCGCCGCUCUCCCCGGGGUUCGGGGCACUUGGGUCCCACGGUCUGGGUGAGUGGCCGCCUGGCCCGGGGAGGGGGCUCCCUCCGGAGAGGGGAGCGGGUCGCCGGGCACUGGGUUCGCGCGGACGCUUGGCUGAGCGUGGUCCCGGCAGCUGCGAGACGGCGGGUCGGCCCGUGGGCGGGGCCCCAGGGUCUGUCUGACGCCACCGCGUCCCCGCCGACCUGCGCUUGGGGAGGGCGCGAGCUGCGAGUGGCGCGCUAAGCCGGAGGUCUCUCGUCUCUUGCAGUCCUGCUUCACCUUCCCCUAACCUGACUCGGCGCCAUGGCACAGGUUCUCAGAGGCACUGUGACUGACUUCCCUGGAUUUGAUGAGCGAGCUGAUGCAGAAACUCUUCGGAAGGCCAUGAAAGGCCUGGGCACAGAUGAGGAGAGCAUCCUGACUCUGUUGACAUCCCGAAGUAAUGCUCAGCGCCAGAAAAUCUCUGAGGCUUUUAAGACUCUGUUUGGCAGGGAUCUUCUGGAUGACCUGAAAUCAGAACUGACUGGAAAAUUCGAAAAAUUAAUCGUGGCUCUGAUGAAACCCUCUCGGCUUUAUGACGCCUAUGAACUGAAGCACGCCUUGAAGGGAGCUGGAACAGAUGAAAAAGUACUGACAGAAAUUAUUGCUUCAAGGACACCUGAAGAACUAAGAGCCAUAAAACAAGUUUAUGAAGAAGAAUAUGGCUCAAGCCUGGAAGAUGAUGUGGUGGGGGACACUUCAGGGUACUACCAGAGGAUGUUGGUGGUUCUCCUUCAGGCUAACAGAGACCCUGAUGCUGGAAUUGAUGAAGCUCAAGUUGAGCAAGAUGCUCAGGCUUUAUUUCAGGCUGGAGAACUUAAAUGGGGGACAGAUGAAGAAAAGUUUAUUACCAUCUUUGGAACACGAAGUGUGUCUCAUUUGAGAAAGGUGUUUGACAAGUAUAUGACUAUAUCAGGAUUUCAAAUUGAGGAAACCAUUGACCGGGAGACUUCUGGCAAUUUGGAGCAACUACUCCUUGCUGUUGUGAAAUCUAUUCGAAGUAUACCUGCCUACCUUGCAGAGACCCUCUACUAUGCUAUGAAGGGAGCUGGGACAGAUGAUCAUACCCUCAUCAGAGUCAUGGUGUCCAGGAGUGAGAUUGAUCUGUUUAACAUCAGGAAGGAGUUUAGGAAGAAUUUUGCCACCUCUCUUUAUUCCAUGGUUAAGGGAGAUACAUCUGGGGACUAUAAGAAAGCGCUUCUGCUGCUCUGUGGAGGAGAAGAUGACUAAUGUGUCACGGGGAAGAGCUCUCUGCUGUGUGCCUGCACCGCCCCACUGCCUUCCUUUAGCACCUCUAGCUGCAUUUGUAUGCCAGUGCUUGACACAUGGCCUUAUUCACACUAGCAUGCUCUCCACCAACACAUACUCAUCUUAGAAGAAAAUAGUGGUGCUUCCUUCUGAUCUCUGGUGGAGAUCUCACUAUCUCUUCAACUGCUGUAGUAUUAAAGUGUACUUAUGUUACUAAGUUUAAUGCCUGGCCAUUUAUAUUUUUUUCUUUAAGAGGCCAGAUUGCUUUUAGCCUUUUUUAAAAACUUCAUUUAUAUUACAUUUAUAACCAUGAUACCUUAAUCAGAAUCUUAGCCUUGAAAUUGUGAACUCCUGGAAAUGUUAUUAGUCAAGUUUGCAACUAAACUAAACUGGCAAAAUUAUGGUGAUUGUAUUCAAAAGAUUAAUGAAAAAUAAACAUUUCCCCCUGAA